CGGAUGGGGCCGGCCGGGGAGGUGCCCCACAGGCGGUGGCGGGUGUGGGACGAUCUCUGGCAUCUCAAGCCCUUGCAAGAUCCAAAUCAGCGCUCAUGAAGUCGGGGGCCGCCCCGCGGCUGCGCACGCUCCGGAGACACCUGGGGUCCCUGGAGGGCAGAGGCAUGGAGCCAGGCAGCAGCCCUCUGACCACACAUGUGCUGGACACAGCCUCGGGGCUCCCAGCCCAGGGCCUCUGCCUCUGGCUGUCCAGGCUUGAGGACCAUGGGCAGCAGUGGACUGAACUGAGGAAAAGCUACACCAACCCCGAUGGCCGCUGCCCGGGGCUCCUGCUGCCGGGCCAGAUGAAGGCAGGCACCUACAAGCUGACCUUCGACACUGAGGGCUACUGGAAGCAAAGGGGGCAGGACAGCUUCUACCCAUAUGUGGAGGUCGUUUUCACCAUCACAGACGAGACCCACAAGUUCCACGUCCCCUUGCUGCUGAGCCCCUGGUCCUACACCACCUACCGAGGGAGCUGAGCGCUACAGCCCGGCCUGGGAUGCCCCCACCCUCCACAGUGGGCUCCGUGCUCCUGGGAGGGGCCUCUCAGGCCCCACCUCCUGAGGGAUGUUUUGGCCCCACCAUGUUUCCAGUGUCAGCUGAGACUCGCAUAUGAAUAAAGUCGACGUGGCACCUGA